UGCUCCGUAGGUGCAAAUGCUAAGUGGAAAGCGAGGCAGCUGGAGAAUGGGGGGGGGGGGCAGCCCCGUAUGUGUAGCCUGGAGUAGGUGAAGGAGGAGGAAGAGGAGAAGGAGGAGGGGAAGGAGAUGGGAGCCUAAAACGGACUCCAGCGUGGUCCUGUUGUCAGAUGUGUGUUUUCUUCUUUUCAAUCUGGUCGGAUUGGGGAGACGUGUCUGGGUUCUCAAGCAGUCAAUGCGCAGGCGCAGGCCAGUCGGCGCCCCAGAGAAAUGCUCUUGAACGUAGGAAGGAAGGGGAUCUCCCUGUUUCCCUGCUUCCCUCUCCCUAGCUCCUUUCCUCUGUCCUCUUCCUCCUUCUCUUCCUCUCCCCGCUUCUUCCUCAUCUUCGCUCCUCCAGCUGUCCGUUUCUCAGUCCUCGCCCUCUUUGCCUUCCUGACGCUCAGACUUUAGCCUUGCCACCGUUAGCGCGCAACCCGCUGCCCGGAAUGCUGCCGGACGCGCUCCUCUUCCUCCGCAAGGAUACGAUAGGCGAGGAGAGGAGAGGAUAGGGGGCAGGCUAGGCUAGCUCCGCCUAAGCUACCCCAUCUCUCGCCUCUGCAUGACUUUUUUUCCGUCUGGCUUUGCUCGAUUUCGGCUCUUUGGAUGGUAUUGGGGGUCACCGGGAGCGUAUUAUCCUUUGAGUCCAGGAGAGACAAGGGGUGACUCUGUAGCCCUGGUGCUUGGCUCUUGGAGAGGCGGCGGCGGCGGCUUUGGCAGCGGCUCCUAGCUCGGGGGCGCCCUCUGAGCCCCUCUAUGAGCUGGAGAGAAGCGGGGGAGGAGGGGCCCUCGGAGCAUCUCUUCCCUGGGGUUUAUGCAUGGCACUGACAUGGAGGAAACACCGUUUCGGAAAGUCAAAACGAAGAGGAGGAAGUGUCCACCCUGUGGCUGCGCCCCGCCGGGGGGCUCCCCGGUGCUUCUGGAGGCCAUCGCGUGCGAGGACGAGUUCGACUGCAAGGAGCUCGAGUCCCUUUUCCGGAAUUACAACCUGAAACUGGAACAGACCUCCACGCUCAAGGCGCUGGCCGUGCUCAUCGUCCUGACGGGUACCCUGGCCCUGGGGGAGCUCAUGUCCGGCCCCAACCUGACCAUCUCCAAGGGCUCUCACCCCGUGCAUUGCAUCAUCUUUCUCUCCCUCUUCAUCGUUACCAAUGUCAAGUACCUACAGGUCACCCAGCUCCAGCAAAUCGUCAAACUCAUACUGCUCUUCAGUUUCACCUUCGCCUUCCUCUGCUGCCCUUUUUCGCUGGGGGCCUACGGCAUCGAGCCUCCCACCUCCCCAGAGCAGGGAAUGUGGCAACUCAUGCUGGUCACCUUCGUUUCCUAUUCCCUGCUGCCGGUGCGGAGCCUGCUGGCCAUCAUCUUUGGGAUAGUGGUGUCCGUCUCGCACCUCAUCGUCACUGCCACUUCAGUGACUGCCAAAAGACACAGACUCUGGAGGACGCUUGGGGCAAAUGCUCUGCUUUUUGUCAGUGUAAAUUUGUAUGGGGUCUUUGUGAGGAUUUUGACAGAAAGGGCUCAGAGGAAGGCUUUCCUACAGGCCAGAAACUGCAUAGAGGACAGGCUGAGGCUGGAAGAUGAAAAUGAAAAACAGGAACGGCUCCUGAUGAGUCUUUUGCCCAGAAAUGUUGCCAUGGAAAUGAAGGAAGAUUUUCUGAAGCCACCUGAGAGAAUUUUUCACAAGAUUUACAUUCAAAGGCAUGACAAUGUCAGCAUUUUGUUUGCAGAUAUUGUGGGCUUCACUAGUUUGGCAUCCCAGUGCACUGCUCAAGAGCUGGUGAAGCUUCUGAAUGAACUCUUUGGGAAGUUUGAUGAAUUGGCCACUGAAAACCACUGCAGACGAAUUAAAAUCCUGGGGGACUGCUACUAUUGUGUGUCAGGACUGACCCAGCCCAAAACCGACCAUGCCCACUGCUGUGUCGAAAUGGGGCUGGACAUGAUUGAUACCAUCACGUCUGUUGCAGAAGCCACUGAAGUUGACCUCAACAUGCGAGUGGGCCUGCAUACAGGCCGUGUCCUGUGUGGGGUGCUAGGACUUCGAAAGUGGCAAUAUGAUGUCUGGUCAAAUGACGUGACUCUAGCAAAUGUCAUGGAGACUGGAGGAUUACCUGGGAAGGUUCAUAUCACAAAGACCACCUUAGAGUGCCUAAAUGGGGACUAUGAGGUAGAACCAGGUUUUGGACAUGAGAGGAACAGUUUCUUGAAAAAACAUAAUAUCGAAACCUUUUUUAUUGUACCAUCCCAUCGGAGAAAGAUAUUUCCUGGACUUAUUCUCUCAGAUAUAAAACCAGCCAAAAGGAUGAAGUUCAAAACGGUCUGUUACUUAUUGGUCCAGCUAAUGCACUGUCGGAAGAUGUUUAAAGCAGAAAUCCCGUUCUCCAAUGUCAUGACCUGUGAGGAUGAUGACAAGAGGAGGGCAUUAAGGACAGCAUCUGAAAAACUCAGGAAUCGAUCUUCUUUUUCUACAAACAUUGUCUACACCACCCCAGGAACUCGAGUUAACAGAUAUAUCAGCCGUUUAAUAGAAGCCCGGCAAACAGAGUCUGAGAUGGCAGACUUGAAUUUCUUUACCCUACAGUACAAACAUAAAGAACGGGAAGAAAAAUAUCACCAGCUUCAAGAUGAGUAUUUCACCAGUGCUGUGGUCCUUUCACUUGUUCUAGCUGCCUUAUUUGGCCUUGUCUACCUUCUAAUAAUCCCACAGAGUAUCAUCGUCCUGGUUCUCCUGGUGUUCUGCAUAUGCUUCCUAGUGGCUUGUAUUAUGUAUCUACACGUCACACGAGUUCAGUGUUUUCCAGGGUGCCUGACAAUUCAAAUUCGUACUGUUUUAUGUGUUUUCAUCGUAAUUUUACUUUACUCUGUGGCUCAAGGAUGUGUGGUGGGCUGCAUGCCUUGGUCAUGGAACACUAAUUCCAGCAGAUCCUUAGUGAUUAUUUCUUCUGGAGGAAUGAAUAAGACAAGGAAUGUCCUGCCCUGUGACACAGCCCAUCACGCAUUCCUUUCCUGCAUUGUGGGGACUUUGACACUGGCAAUAUUUCUCCGUGUCUCUUCAUUGCCAAAAAUGAUCCUUCUCUUUUUGGUUACAGUCUUGUAUAUACUUGUUUUGGAGCUCAGUGGGUACAGAAAAGCAGUGGGGGGUGGCACCUUUUACCUCCGUGGAUAUGAACCCAUAUUGGCUAUUUUGCUGUUUUCCUGUGCUCUGGCCCUUCAUGCCAGGCAGGUGGACUUGAAGUUACGUCUGGACUACCUCUGGGCUGUGCAGGCAGAAGAAGAGCGAGAUGAUAUGGAGAGAGUGAAACUGGACAAUAAGAGGAUUCUCUUCAACCUUUUGCCAGCCCAUGUUGCACAACACUUUCUUAUGUCCAAUCCCAGGAACAUGGACCUUUAUUACCAGUCCUAUUCACAAGUGGGCGUGAUGUUUGCUUCCAUCCCAAAUUUCAAUGAUUUCUACAUCGAACUGGAUGGCAAUAACAUGGGAGUGGAGUGUUUACGCCUAUUAAAUGAAAUUAUUGCUGAUUUUGAUGAGCUCAUGGACAAAGAAUUUUAUAAGGACCUAGAAAAGAUCAAGACAAUUGGAAGUACAUAUAUGGCUGCAGUGGGAUUGGUGCCAACCACAGGGACCAGGGCCAAGAAGUCAAUUUAUUCACAUCUGAGCACACUAGCCGAUUUUGCAAUAGAGAUGUUCGAUGUCCUUGAUGAAAUCAACUACCAAUCUUACAACGACUUUGUCCUCCGUGUUGGCAUUAAUGUAGGUCCAGUAGUGGCAGGUGUUAUUGGUGCCAGAAGACCUCAAUAUGAUAUCUGGGGAAACACUGUAAAUGUUGCCAGCCGAAUGGAUAGUACUGGAGUGCAGGGGAAAAUUCAGGUCACAGAAGAAGUCCACCGAUUACUAAAGCGGUGUAGCUAUGAAUUUACGUGUCGAGGGAAAGUCAGUGUCAAGGGAAAAGGUGAAAUGUUGACCUAUUUUCUGGAAGGAAAAGCAAACGGUAGUAAUUCUCAAACCAGGUCCUUAAACUUAGAACGGAAAAUGUAUCCAUAUGGGAAAUCAAACAUUCAGACAAAACUGGGUACUAGCUGCCCUUCUGUCUCAUCUGUGGCUAGCUUUACGGUCAAAGCUGGGAUUGGAGCCCUGCAGACAGCAGGCACCCACACCAAUCCAACGCUCCAUUACCUUCCUUCUGUGCCAGCUGUGAAAGAAGCCUAGAUGAGUGUCAUUUGCAAGUGAACUCGGAAAGCAUGAAUACUUGCCAACAGGAUUUAAGGUCAUAGCUUGUGGCAUCAGCCAUGGAUCCAAUCUAACACAACCAAAGAAAGCCGGGAAGCUCCAUAGAAGAAAACUUGGAAUGGAAGCGAUAAGGGCUAACAAUUGUGUUAGGACAAGAAUAAUGCAGAUUUUCUGAAACUAAGGAAAUUUUCUUGGAAUUUUAAAAAGGUAAACGGCAUACUUAAGAGAUGUGUGUAAAUGAUAAUGUAUGUGUGUAUAUAUCCUAACUCUAUAUAAACACAUAUACACUCACACUCAUAUAUAUAGGCGUAAAAAUUUAUAUAGAUACAUGUAUUUAUUUAAACUUUAUUUGUAAUGGCAUAAGGGAGCUAUGUCACAUAUUCAUAUCCAUUAUUGUUCAGAUUGAGUUGGAUCUAAAAUUUUGAUGAGGAAUACAAUACAGAAUCUUAGGAACAUAUUCUGGAGUUAUAGCAAGAACAAUGAAAGUUUUGCUCAGAGUUUGAAUUAAUAAACAAGCCUAAAAAAAGGCAGCAGCUUUAUCCAAGAUUGAACUAAGCCAAUUCCAAAACAGCUGCAUCUGCUCACUCUAACUUGCCCCUUCCAACCCUGGAAAACAUCCAAACAGCAUCACAUUUAGUACAAUAAGUCAAAAUUAGGUUAAAAAAAAAAGUCUGGACUCAGGACCUUGAUGGAAUACUGACAAAUACUUGAACCAUCUCUAAGCAUCUUUGCCCAGAUGUUGCCCCAUGAUCAAUCACAGGGUGCAGAUCAAACCAGAGGUUCCAUGCUUCAGGUGCAGCAAUAGGCCAAAAAUAUUAGGAACCCCUUUUCCUUCUGCAUGAAUAUUUGUAGCUAUUGGAUUUCUUCCAAAGGAAGCUCUUUGCUAAGGAUUAGAGAUUGAGGGGCUUCAUACCAAUUCAUCACCUUCUAUAAAUGUCAGUAGUAGUACUUGUAUCCCUUGCCAAUGAUUUUUUUUUCUUUGAUGACUUUUUUGCUUCUUGUAAAACUCUCCAAACUCAUUUUUUAAAUGUCCACUGUUAUUGUUCAAAGUAAAUAAGGAGACAAAUCUCAUUUCUCAUCUUUUUCAUGUAUGAUUUUAAGUUCCUAUGAGUUAAGCAAUAUGUUACUUUGUUUUGUUUUGGAGAAAAACAAACACACAGCAUUUAGAAAGUUUAUGUUAUCAGACAUCUUGUUUGUCUAGAAUUCCUAAUCUUUUUGAACAGACAAUUUUAGAUUAAGGAAAUUAUUUUAAGACCAGAAAUCAGUGCUCUAUCCCAAAGUUACAGAAAUCUAUUAAAGUACAAAGUGAUGACAGUUUAUUUCUGUGAAUUUGAUAUAUGUAUCUUUGUAGAGGUAUAGCAUUCAUUAAAGGUCAGAGGUUUUCAGGGCAAAACUAGCUAGGAAGGGCAGAACUGUGAGUAAUAGAAUGAACAAGUUAAGCAGAACAGAUUCAGGUCUGUCAGGGUCUAAGCCCAAGGAGGUUAUCCAAAUUAAAGAGCAUUUGGAAAAUAUGAAGGAUCUAAAGAAUUAAGUGGAGUCUAGAGUUACAGAGGUCAGAGAGACUAUACAAGCACUAGCAAAUAGGAUUAUGGCAGCCCUGGUCCCAAGUUAUAGCCAGAAACAGAUCAGAGGACCAUAGCAGAAUCCUACCACUUAUUGCAUCUAAAAUUCUGGCAAUACUCAUAAAAAUUUUUCUUCUACCAAAGGGUAUGCUUAGCCUUCUUUGGAGUUCUGUGUUUUUAGGAUACAGUGGUACAGUGGAAGGCCUAGAUUUUUGCAUGAAUAGUAUUCAUAUUUUGUGAGUUCUUAAGAUUAGUCUUUUUGAUUACACCUCUCCAGUUUGUUGGCUCUAUUGUAUUCAUUUGGAUCUAAAGACAUCUCUGACACUUCUGCUGACCCUAUGUUAGGAGCAAAGGAGGGGAAAGAAUGAUCUUCCUAGUGACCUAGAGAAUGAGGAGAGAAAUGAUCUUAGAAUGAUUUAGGGAGUAGGGGGAGGAAUUCAAGAAUGCAAACUUGAAGGCAACAGGGAAAUUAUGAAAAAGGAUAUGUAACAUACCAAUAUGUAAUAAAAUUGUAUGAAGGUAAAAUCAAUCAGGGAAGCAUGGAAUCAAAAGGAAUAAUAGAAAAUGUGAUUCCCAUUAAGUGCUAAAUGUCUACCUAGUUUUUGUAAACCUACUUGGACUUCCUGAGUUUCCAGGUCUGGCUGGUAUAAAUCAAAUACAUGAGAUUACCCCAUUUGGGGAUGUUAACAACUAAUGAAGGUUCAAGAUAGUAUUUAUGCAAGGGGUGAUAGAGACCACAAUUGAUACAAAAGGGACUGAGCAAGGUCAAGAUAAGGGAAGAAUUUAUUUUAUGAAAAUAUUCAAGAGAUACUAAAGGAGAUUCAACACCUUGUGGGCACUCUUAGGAAACACCUGAGAUACUCCAGAGAAUGCCUGAUCGAGCAUUUAAUUUGCCUUCUCUAUCUAUCACUUCUUCUCUGCCACUGGUUCUCAAAAUAUGGUCUGAGGACACAUAUGAGUCCCAGAUACCUUUUCAGGGGGUCCAUGAGGUCAUAACUGUUUAUACAAUAAUACUAAGAUGUUUUCAUUUCUGUGUGGCAAGUAUUGAUAGAUAUAACUCAUAAAAACAAAAGCUCGUGACGGGGAGGCGGAGGAGUCAUCAAUAAUUUUUAAGAGUGUAAUGGGGUUCUGGGACCAAAAAGAUUGAGAACCACUGACCUAGAAGAUGGGUUAUCAGACUUCUGCUGAUCAGGCCUUGAGCAAGUAACUUAACCUCUUUGACCCCCUGUUUCUUCAUCUUUAAAAUGAUGGAGUUGAAAUAAAAGACCUUAGAAUCCCCUUACAAUUGGAGAUGUGUGAAACAAUGAUUUUAUAACCUUCCAAAAGCAGACAGCAAAUUAAGGGUCUCUGA